AUGCCCGUGGUGAAGUAUGUGACACUGCGUAUAGUGAUCGCAAUCACCAAGUACUUCAACUGGCCACUGGACCAGCCCGAUGUGGUGACAGCUUUUCUCUACGGUGUGAUGAAGGAGAAGGUGUACUGCGUGGUACCAGAAGGCGUCGAGACGGAUGACGACUCUGAUUAUUUGGAGUUGGUGAAGGCGAUCUACGGUCUCAAGCAAGCUUCGCAAGUGUGGAACGAUACUUUUGACGAGUUCGUGUGCUCCAUCAGUUUCGAAGUUUCGGCGUUCGACCCAUGUCUAUACAUCAAGGUGGUCGAUGGUCAUUGUGUGAUCGUGCUAGUUUACGUGGAUGACGUGUUGGUGACCGGUAGCUCGCUCGAGUUGAUUGCACACACGAAGGCCGAUCUCAAGACGCGCUUCGAGUUAACAGACAGUGGCAAGUGUACUUUCGUACUAGGCAUCUAA